AUGGCGGGUGGAUCGCUUGGCGCCGUCGGCGUGUCCAAGGAGAGGGCGGAGCAGUAUCAGGGGAGGGUGACGCCGUUCGUGGUCAUGGCCUCCUUUGUGGCGGCAAUCGGCGGCUCCAUCUUCGGCUACGACAUUGGCAUCUCCGGUAGGGUUUUCCCCUUUCUUUCUCCUCUUCCUCUAAAUCGUCUUCCUCCUCUGAAUCUGUGAUCUCCAUGGAUCUGGUUGCAGGGGGGGUGACCUCGAUGGACCCCUUCCUGGAGAAGUUCUUCCCGACGGUGUACAGGAAGAAGAACUUCCAGUCGGAGAGCAAUUACUGCAAGUACGACAACCAGGGCCUCGCCGCGUUCACCUCCUCUCUCUACCUCGCCGGCCUCGUCGCCUCCCUCGCCGCCUCCCCCGUCACGAGGAGCUACGGCCGCCGCGCCAGCAUCGUCUGCGGCGGCAUCAGCUUCCUCGUCGGCGCCGCCCUCAACGCCGCCGCCGCCAACCUGAUAAUGCUCAUUCUCGGCCGCAUCAUGCUCGGCGUCGGCAUCGGCUUCGGCAACCAAGUAAUCAAUCACCCCUCAGUUGUCUUCAACCUCCGAAACUUCUCUGCAAAUCGGGUGCCCUAAUUCCGUCUCCUUCCUCGUCUUCUUCUUCGCAGGCGGUGCCCCUCUAUCUCUCCGAGAUGGCGCCGGCCCACCUCAGGGGAGGGCUCAACAUGAUGUUCCAGCUGGCGACGACCACGGGGAUCUUCACGGCCAACAUGGUCAACUACGGCACCGAGAGGAUCGAUCCGUGGGGGUGGAGGCUCUCCCUGGGCCUCGCCGCCGUGCCGGCGGCGCUGAUGACCGUCGGCGGGUUCCUCCUCCCGGAGACCCCCAAUAGUCUCCUCGAACAGGGUUUCCCCGAAAAGGGAAGAAGGGUUCUGGAGAAGAUCAGAGGGACCCGCCAUGUCGAAGCCGAGCUCCAGGACAUGGUGGAGGCCAGUCAGCUGGCCAUCUCUGUUGAGCACCCCUUCAGGAACAUCCUUGAGAGGAGGAACCGGCCGCAGCUGGUGCUGGCCAUCUUCAUGCCGGCCUUCCAGAUCCUCACCGGCAUCAACUCCAUCCUCUUCUACGCGCCGGUGCUGUUCCAGAGCAUGGGUUUCGAGGGCAGGGCGGCGCUCUACUCCUCCGUCAUGACCGGCGCCGUUCUCAUGACCUCCACCCUCGUCUCCAUCGCCACCGUCGACCGGUGGGGUAGGAGGCCUCUGCUCAUCUCCGGCGGGAUUCAGAUGAUCGUCUGCCAGGUGAGAAGAAACCCACCCUCAUUUUCUUUCUUUCAGAAACAGGUGGCGCCGCCGGCUCAUCAUCGUCGUAGUGCUGGAACGAGCAGGUGACGGUGGCGGUGAUGCUGGGGCUGAAGCUGCCGGACACCGGCGAGCUCUCGAGGGGGUUCUCCAUAGCGGUGGUGGCGGUGGUGUGCCUGUUCGUGGCGGCGUUCGGGUGGUCCUGGGGACCGCUGGGGUGGACGGUGCCGAGCGAGAUAUUCCCGCUAGAGACGAGGUCGGCGGGGCAGAGCAUUACGGUGGCGGUGAACCUGCUGUUCACCUUCGCCAUCGCCCAGUCCUUCUUGUCUCUGCUCUGCUCGCUCAAGUUCGGGAUCUUCCUCUUCUUCGCCGCAUGGAUCACCGCCAUGACGGGCUUCGUCUGGGCCUUCCUGCCGGAGACGAAGGGCAUCCCCAUCGAGGAGAUGAUCCUCCAGUGGAGGAAGCACUGGUUCUGGAAGAGGAUCGUGCCGCCACUCGAGGAACCGGACUCGACUAACCCAUAG